CUACUUGUUUCGUUCCUCUCCUUAUAAUACAAACCCAACACUCGUAGAAACAAAAACACACUCAAACUCGCAGAGAAAACAACAAUGGCAUCCACCGAUAAGUCACCGGAACCAACACCAGCAAAGGGUUCAGAUCCAACUCCGGGGGAGGCAAUGACUAUAGGACAACACGUGGUUGACAAGAGUGCAAUGAUGGUUCAGAGUUUCAAACCUAUAUACCAGAUGAGUCAGCAUGUGUGUACCUUUGCAUUGUACAGCCAUGACAUGUCUCGUCAGAUUGAAACUCAUCACUACUGUUCCCGUCUCACCAAUCAGUUCCUUCAGUGUGCUGUUUAUGAUUCCGAUGAGUCAAAUAAAGGUCGUCUUAUAGGUGUUGAGUAUAUCAUUUCUGAUGAUAUCUUUGAAACUCUUCCUCCUGAAGAACAGAAGCUUUGGCAUUCUCAUGCUUAUGAGAUCAAAUCAGCUUUGUGGGUGAAUCCUAGAGUUCCAGAGAUGAUUGGGAUGUCUGAGCUUGAAAAUCUUGCGAAAACAUAUGGAAAAUUCUGGUGUACAUGGCAGGUUGAUCGAGGGGAUAGGCUUCCACUGGGUGCACCCGCCUUGAUGAUGUCACCACAAGCGGUGAGUCCAGGGUUGGUGAGACCAGACCUGCUGCAUGAGAGGGAUGAAAAGUAUAAUAUAUCUACAGAGAGCAUAAAAAAGUCGAGGGUUGAGAUUCCAGAGCCAGAGAUGAUCAACCCAAUGGCUGACUAUUGGAAGCAACAUGGCAAAGGUUUUGUCAUUGAUUUUGAAGAAACUGACAUGAAAAAAUGGGCUCCUUUUCCUUGAACACUAAAAUGAUAUUUGUAUGUCAUCAUGAGUGAAUAAAACUAAACAUGCUUAUAUAUUUUAUAAGCUUAGGGAUUCAGAGGGUAAGGUAAUAAAUGUAUCAAGUGUUUGGCUAUGUUGCCUUACACAUAUAUGAUAUGUCAAGUGUUUAUAUUUCACUUUUUGUGAUAUGAGAAUGUUUAAUAAAAAUUGAUGACAUCAUAUAAA